AUGGGGCUAUGGAAAGCGCAAUGUUUGAACCAGAUUCUCGCAGGUAUUCGUGCAAUACAAGAGCAAGAGCAGGCCGAAGAGCAGGUCCCGAGGCCCAUCCACCACCGGACAUCCGUCCGUCGAGAGCAUGGCUUAGCUCAUCAACAUUUGUUCGAGGACUACCUCGCUGAUGAGCCCCGGUGGGGACCGACGGUUUUUCGCCAACAGUUUAGGAUGCGGCAAGAACUGUUUCUCCACAUUGUUCACACAAUGGAGGCCCGCGACGAGUACUUCCAGCAGCCACAAGAUGCGGCCAACAGAAUCGGUCUAUCCCCGCUCACGAAUUGCAGGGUUGCGCUUCGUCAGUUGGCAUACAGCACCACAACGGACAUGUUCGACGAGUAUCUUCACGUCGGGGAUACAACUGGACAAGAGUGUCUGAUAAAAUUUUGUGAGGGCAUGAUUGACGCUUUCAACGCCUCAUAUUUGCGCAAACCGAAUGUCGAAGAUUGCCAGUUCCUGAUGAGGAUUCACGAUAGGGUGCACGACUUUCCUGGAAUGUUAUGGAGCAUUAAUUGUAUGCACUGGGAGUGGAAGAAUUGUCUGGCAGCGUGGAGAGGCCAAUUCACCUGUGGGUAUAAGGGUACCCACCGGACGAUGAUACUUGAAGCCAUCGUUGACCAUCGUCUUUGGAUUUGGCAUGCUUACUUUGGCGUGACGGGGUCAAACAACGACAUCAACGUGCUGAACACGUUGAGUUUCUUCACCGAGCAAUGCAAUGGCAACGGUCCGGUUAUCCAGUUCACUGCCAAUGGCCGACAACAUCAUAUGAGGUACUACUUAGCCAAUGGCAUAUACCCGAGAUGGUCAGUUUUCUUGACUGCCCAACGGAUGCGAAGAGAGCCCUUUUUGCACAGUGGCAAGAGUCUGCACGGAAGGACGUGGAGCGAGGAUUCGGUCUGCUUCAAGCACGUUGGGCAAUAG